AUGUGGACCAGUGGAGAGGAGAAAGUUGGUCUGCAGAGGAAGAGCAAGAUGUUCAAGGAGAAGAAGCAAGACCAGAGUCUGAAUAUGAAAAUUAAACACACUUCGCAGUGGAGGGGGGCGAAGCUGGCCCCAGGGCUCAGCCUGAUUGCCUUCAUCCUGCUGCUGAUCAUGACCUUCUCCACGAACUGGCUGUACCUCUCUUCGAGCCGCUUCUACCAGCGCUGGCCCACAAAUGUUACUUGUAGAAUGUACACGUCAGCUGUUAUCAUGUCCAUGGGACUCCUUCAGAUCUGCAAAUUCAAAAAAUGUCCCACCUCAGAGGAGAGGAAAGUUGUCUUCAUUUUCUCCACCCUCCUGUUGUUUCCUGUUAACGUCUGGAUCUUCGAGUUGAAAAGGAAUUUAUCGAUCCCCAUUGGGUGGAGCUAUUUCAUUGGCUGGGUGGUGUUUAUCCUAUAUGUCACCUGUGCGGUCCUCUGCUACUUCGACAAUAAAAAUGUCUGCAGUCUGAUUCUGAGCCAUCCCUCUGGCCCUGUAUCCUAGAGCAGCAGUACCAGAUCAGUUUCUCUGAAUGAAUGGUCUCAAGCAUUUGUCACCCAGGAAGAAGUCCUGGAUCCUGAGCAAGAGAAGGGAUCUCUGUAA